GUCAUCAGCUUGCUCGGACGCAGCCACAUCCCGGAUUUCCCCCUCCCGUCUCUAUCUAUCAAGGACAGAUCUGCCUAACGCAGAGCUACCACACCAGAAUCAACGCGCCUUUAAUCUGUUAAAUGGAGCGGCGUUUGGCUGUAGACAGCGCAACCUCGGAGAAAUAUUUUCGAAUAGCAGCCAUCUCCAUCGCAUGUUACGAUUAUAUCAUCACACUCCCGGCGGAAUGGCGGUUUUACCGAAGCCAACCAUCAAUUUUCCGUAUCAGUCUUGCCUGCAUCUUGUUUAUUCUCAUACGCUAUGUUAGUGCCCUGGUCAUAAUCAUCAGCAAUUACGGAUUCUUCUCUACCGGUUUUACCCAACAAACGUGUCAACAUUACUAUCUCGCAGCGCCUACCUUCAAAGUCAUGCAAACUAUGAUAUCACAGGUCAUCCUAGGUGUCAGGACAUUCAAUAUCGCAAAGAGAGAUAGGAGGCUAGGAAUCGCACUGUUGCUGCUAUACUUCUUAUCAGUUUCGGUGGAAUGGUUCACCGAUCUAUUUCACCGGAUCCCUGUCGUUGUUGAUGGAAACUGCACCCCAGUAAAUUCUGGAAAGCAAUUAACUGCCUGGUUCUACUACCUCGUUGUGAUGUUGUAUGACCUCGUGAUCAAAGUAAGUCGAUUGGUACGGGUCCUGAUGUAUGACGGCAUUGGAUUUUUUAUUGUGCUGUCAGCGUCGAACGUAUUGAACCUGGUCCUUUAUCAUACAUCCGAUGCCGAGACUCAGUCGUCAGGGGCAUCAAUGGGUUAUGCUGUAACGUGGAUUAUGAGCCAACGGAUCCUCAUAAAUAUACGAGCCAGACCCACAACGCUUGGAAAACGUGGUGCUCGCGCGUCCCACACUCAGCAGUGGGCGGAAGAACGUGGUGUCCGGUCUCCGCUCACAAUUCGAAUCCAAAAGCCACACUAAAAACUCUAGAAGCCCCAUUGAUGCUGAGUUCCCGCCCACAUCGCCUCGCAAUCUGCAUCCCGACGAUGUGGAACUCGAUAUACGCGUAUGCGUUGAGCG